AUGCUGGCAUUUAUUUUCGCUCUCUUCGUUGCUCUUCAAUUUCUCAGUGUUUUCGCUGCUCCUGCUCCUUAUUUCAAAGCUCGAGACAUUACAGCCCUUUCAAACACUGACAUCUCAGAUUUAUCACCUUUUACACAGCUUGCCCGAGCUUCGUACUGCCCGACAGCCAAGUUGCAGGGAUGGAAAUGCGGCAAAAUUUGCGAUUCCCUCCCCGGAUUUGAGCCAACCCUCAUUGGAGGCGACGGUAUUACCACUCAAAUAUAUUUCGUUGGUUACUGGCCAGACCAGAAUACCAUCGUUGUCUCACACGAAGGUACAGACCCUAUCCACCUUGCUUCCAUUUUGACCGAUAUCAAGAUCACCAUGCAUCCUCUGAACGCUACUCUGUUCCCUGGAGUUUCGUCUGCUGUAUUGGUUCACGAUGGUUUCAAAGACCAGCACGCUAUCACUGCUCAACAAAUUUUAGCAGAGGUGCAGAGUCUCAUGGCAAGCAAGAACAGUACCAGCGUCACUCUUGUCGGUCAUUCCCUCGGCGGCGCCUUGGCUGUACUCGACGCGUUGUACAUGAACAUCAAUCUUCCUGCUGGCACAUCUAUCAAGGCUGUCACCUAUGGGACUCCUCGCAUCGGAAAUGCUGCUUUCGCGCAGCUCAUCGAUGAAAAGAUUCCUGAUUUGCGGCGUAUCAACAACAAAUUUGAUAUUAUCCCUACUGUUCCCGGAAGGUUUCUAGGUUAUGCCCAUCCCCACGGCGAGGUUCAUCUUUUAUCUACUGGAACAGCCAUUUCCUGUCCUGGCAGCGAUGACAGUACUGAUUCUCGCUGCCAAAACCAAUCCGUUCCCAACGUUCUCAAAGGAAACAUUUUGGAUCACCUUGGACCUUAUGUUGGCCUCAGUAUUGGUACGAUUUUCUGUGUGUAA